AUGUCGACAGAAGAGGCCCCGAAGAGAUCCAAGAAGUACGACGCGAGCUGCCACUGCGGCAACAUCAAGUUCUCAUUGACGCUCUCGCCACCGCUGGAGGACGGGUACAAGGUCCUCAAUUGCAAUUGCUCCAUCUGCCGACGCAGCGGCUACCUCCUCAUCUACCCCGAGAAGACGGACGUCACCUGGCACGACGGCUCCCGCGAGCGGUGCACCAACUACCGCUUCAACACCAAGACCAAGGACCAGAUGUUCUGCGGCGGCUGCGGGUCGAGCCUGGGCAUCGACUUCUUGAACGAGACCUUCUACGGCAUCAGCGCGCGAGCCCUUGACGGCAUCGACCUCGACACACUGACUUACAAGAAGUUUGACGGCGUCAGCAAGGUGUCGCCGGCCCAGGACCUGUCCGGGACUGAAAGCAAGGAGGUUCGCAAUUGA